CAUCCCUCAGAGAGAGAGAGAGAGAGAGAGAGAGAGAGAAAGCUUGGAGCGAUCAUCAAUGGCGUCGUCGUCGGAGGUGAAGCUGGGAUCAUCGAAGCCGAUGAUAGCAACGCAGGAAGAGAUGAUGGAAGCCAAAUUGGCCAUCCCUAACCGCGAUCAGUGUGCCCACCUUCUCAUCCCCCUCAACAAGUGCCGUGUCGCCGAGUUUUAUCUCCCGUGGAAGUGCGAGCCCGAGCGCCACGCCUACGAGAAGUGUGAGUAUGAGCUCGUCAUGGAGCGGAUGCUUCAGAUGCAGAAGAUCCGUGAGCUUGAGGAGAAGAAGAAGAAGGCUCUCGGCAAGCUGCCCCAGGGCUCCCCAAUCCCUCUUAUCCCCUCCACCUCCAAUUCAUGAGCUUGGUGAAGCUGGAGUCCAUUACUUGCUUCCAAUCUGGUGAUGAUUAGAACCAGUUUAUUUCAACUGAACAAAUUUGUGGAAUUGGAUGGCUUGAACUGACUGCCAUUUAUCUUGCUUUAUUCUCUUUGGCUGUGUAUUGGUUACUUUCAAAGCUGCUUUCAUCUUUUAUGAGCCAAAUAAAGAACUGUUUAAACUGUGUCAUGGUGCCUUCUUUGAUGCAAGAAACCGUAUAGAGUGCAUGGAAGUCGGUCUCAAGUAAUGUUGUUAUUGAACUUCGUCAUCAUCAAUAAAUUAGUGGUUGUCUAGUGAUUUUUUUU